AUGAAGCUCGUCCGGCACCCUAAUGUGGUGCGGCUGUAUGAGGUUCUCGCAUCUCGCACCAAGAUCUAUAUCAUUCUCGAAUUCGUCACAGGCGGAGAGCUCUUUGACAAGAUUGUGAACAAGGGUCGGCUGGAGGAGGAGGAGGCACGGCGGUAUUUCCAGCAGCUGAUAGACGCCAUGGAGUAUUGCCACAGCAAAGGCGUGGCACACCGCGACCUCAAGCCUGAGAAUCUUCUGCUAGAUUCGAAGGAUAAUAUAAAGAUUUCGGAUUUCGGCCUCAGCGCUCUGCCACAGCAAGUCAGGGCGGACGGCUUGCUCCACACCACGUGCGGCACGCCCAACUAUGUUGCUCCAGAGGUGCUGAGUGACAGAGGCUACAACGGGGUUUUGGCGGACAUCUGGUCAUGCGGGGUUAUUCUCUACGUGCUCCUUGCCGGCUUCCUCCCCUUCGAUGAGCCUGACGUCCCUUCUCUCUACAAGAAGAUCCAACGGUCGGAUUUUGGGUUCCCCACGUGGUUCUCUGCUGGAGCAAAGAGGCUCAUCACUGGCAUUUUGCAGCCCAACCCUAAACUGAGGUACCGGUAUCAGGAAAUAAAAAAGGACCCAUGGUUCCGCACCAACUAUGUUCCCGUGCCGGUCCCUGUUGAUACUGCUGACGACAAUAUGAAUGAUGUUGAUGCUGCCUUCGGUGCUGCUCCUGCUGCUCCUGCUGCUGCUGCUGGUGCUGCUGCUGCUCAUUCUGGUGCUGUCAAAUCCGCUGCUCCCGGUGGUGCUGCUUCUGGUGCAGCCAAGUCUGCUGCUGGCAGUGCUGGUAGUGCUGGUAGUGCUGGUAGUACCCUUGUUGGUAGUGAGAAUGCGUCUGGGACUUGCAAAGGCAGUGGUUCAAGUGCGGGCACCAGUGGUUGUGCUUCAUGCUCUGAGCAGCAGCAGCAGCAUCAGAAUGAGCAACAGGUUCAGAGCGGUUUGGAGGGGCCUGGGGACCUGAAGGGUUCACACAGAGGGGGGUUGUCUUGUCAGCUGGGAGGCAUGACUCCUGUGCUCAAUUACAAGAGUGGAAGAGGAGUGGAGCACACUCCAUUUGGUGUUUGCCAUUCUCCCCAGCCUCCUUAUGGUGGAGAUGCGGCACGAAUUGGGCCGCACACAGGAGUCUCUGCAGGUACGUUGCUCGUUGCAUGGGUGCAUGUGCACGCGCGCACAUUCAUGCAGCUGCUUGUUGCUCGCCAUUCUCCCCAGCCUCCUUAUGGUGGAGAUGCGGCACGAAUUGGGCCGCACACAGGAGUCUCUGCAGGUACGUUGCUCGUUGCAUGGGUGCAUGUGCACGCGCGCACAUUCAUGCAGCUGCUUGUUGCUCGCCAUUCUCCCCAGCCUCCUUAUGGUGGAGAUGCGGCACGAAUUGGGCCGCACACAGGAGUCUCUGCAGGUACGUUGCUCGUUGCAUGGGUGCAUGUGCACGCGCGCACAUUCAUGCAGCUGCUUGUUGCUCGCCAUUCUCCCCAGCCUCCUUAUGGUGGAGAUGCGGCACGAAUUGGGCCGCACACAGGAGUCUCUGCAGGUACGUUGCUCGUUGCAUGGGUGCAUGUGCACGCGUGCACAUUCAUGCAGCUGCUUGUUGCUCGCCAUUCUCCCCAGCCUCCUUAUGGUGGAGAUGCGGCACGAAUUGGGCCGCACACAGGAGUCUCUGCAGGUACGUUGCUCGUUGCAUGGGUGCAUGUGCACGCGCGCACAUUCAUGCAGCUGCUUGUUGCUCGCCAUUCUCCCCAGUCUCCUUAUGCUGGAGAUGCGGCACGAAUUGGGCCGCACACAGGAGUCUCUGCAGGUACGUUGCUCGUUGCAUGGGUGCAUGUGCACGCGCGCACAUUCAUGCAGCUGCUUGUUGCUCGCCAUUCUCCCCAGCCUCCUUAUGGUGGAGAUGCGGCACGAAUUGGGCCGCACACAGGAGUCUCUGCAGGUACGUUGCUCGUUGCAUGGGUGCAUGUGCACGCGCGCACAUUCAUGCAGCUGCUUGUUGCUCGCCAUUCUCCCCAGCCUCCUUAUGGUGGAGAUGCGGCACGAAUUGGGCCGCACACAGGAGUCUCUGCAGGUACGUUGCUCGUUGCAUGGGUGCAUGUGCACGCGCGCACAUUCAUGCAGCUGCUUGUUGCUCGCCAUUCUCCCCAGUCUCCUUAUGCUGGAGAUGCGGCACGAAUUGGGCCGCACACAGGAGUCUCUGCAGGUACGUUGCUCGUUGCAUGGGUGCAUGUGCACGCGCGCACAUUCAUGCAGCUGCUUGUUGCUCGCCAUUCUCCCCAGCCUCCUUAUGGUGGAGAUGCGGCACGAAUUGGGCCGCACACAGGAGUCUCUGCAGGUACGUUGCUCGUUGCAUGGGUGCAUGUGCACGCGCGCACAUUCAUGCAGCUGCUUGUUGCUCGCCAUUCUCCCCAGUCUCCUUAUGCUGGAGAUGCGGCACGAAUUGGGCCGCACACAGGAGUCUCUGCAGGUACGUUGCUCGUUGCAUGGGUGCAUGUGCACGCGCGCACAUUCAUGCAGCUGCUUGUUGCUCGCCAUUCUCCCCAGCCUCCUUAUGGUGGAGAUGCGGCACGAAUUGGGCCGCACACAGGAGUCUCUGCAGGUACGUUGCUCGUUGCAUGGGUGCAUGUGCACGCGCGCACAUUCAUGCAGCUGCUUGUUGCUCGCCAUUCUCCCCAGCCUCCUUAUGGUGGAGAUGCGGCACGAAUUGGGCCGCACACAGGAGUCUCUGCAGGUACGUUGCUCGUUGCAUGGGUGCAUGUGCACGCGCGCACAUUCAUGCAGCUGCUUGUUGCUCGCCAUUCUCCCCAGCCUCCUCAUGGUGGAGAUGCGGCACGAAUUGGGCCGCACACAGGAGUCUCUGCAGGUACGUUGCUCGUUGCAUGGGUGCAUGUGCACGCGCGCACAUUCAUGCAGCUGCUUGUUGCUCGCCAUUCUCCCCAGCCUCCUUAUGGUGGAGAUGCGGCACGAAUUGGGCCGCACACAGGAGUCUCUGCAGGUACGUUGCUCGUUGCAUGGGUGCAUGUGCACGCGCGCACAUUCAUGCAGCUGCUUGUUGCUCGCCAUUCUCCCCAGUCUCCUUAUGCUGGAGAUGCGGCACGAAUUGGGCCGCACACAGGAGUCUCUGCAGGUACGUUGCUCGUUGCAUGGGUGCAUGUGCACGCGCGCACAUUCAUGCAGCUGCUUGUUGCUCGCCAUUCUCCCCAGCCUCCUCAUGGUGGAGAUGCGGCACGAAUUGGGCCGCACACAGGAGUCUCUGCAGGUGCGUUGCUCGAUGCAUAG